AUGGUGCUGAGUUUACUGCUGCUAGAGCUUUCCAUCCUCGAUGGAACCAGCAGAAUGUCGACCGCAUACAAACACCUGUACUCGUGUAUAACGUUUUUGAUUUUCAUUUUCGUGCUUAACUUCUAUAAAAAUCGUGUCCAAGUGAAUCGCGAACGUGCCGCGGCCAAGCUGAAAUGGGUCGGAACACUCACCAGACCGCCAGCAUACGACGGCAUUGGGGAAGAGUAUUACUUUGAUUUUGCCUACCUUGAUUUGGACGAUAGUGAGCAGGAUUGGCAGUGGGAUCGGUCCAAGCAGUACCCGGGCCGGUGUCUCGAUGUGGAGGUAUUCUUUGUGUUCUCCCCGAAGAGAACCAUCCGCCGCAGAGCGUUUGACGGUCCAGAGGGACUGCACUACAAGAGCACGGUGUUGGGCGAGCGGGACAAAAAAAAGGAUCUAGACCCAUCGGACACGGCAGGAUCAAAUUCGUCCAUCUAUAUGUUUCUUUCGGUAUUGGUUAUUUUGCUGCUUGCGGCCGGUGUCGAUAUCGCUAAGCAUCUUACCGGAACCGGUGGCAGUACCGCGAAAGCAGACGCCCAACGUCGCCUAUCGUUGCAAAACUAUCAGGCAUUGAUAAGGGAAAAGCAAAAGCAAUUUCGUAUGAUGAAACAACACUACUCGCAACCAUCGAUGAGUGUUCAGCGGUCAAUCGAUGAGUCAGCCGUUCCGUUUGCGGGAACUUUUUCACGUAUGGACGAAAGUGUCGCACCAUCGACAACGAUGUCAUUAUCGGGAAAACCACUUCCGGCACCAUUGCUGAGACGGCAAUCAGUGCCGACACUUAUGCGUGGGCAGGUGAUGCCAGCGGGAGCAGGAGGCACAUUCUCUGCCGUACCAAAUGUAGCACCCUUCGGACGUCGAACAUCGGUCGAUUCAUUCUGGGAUGUGGAUCACGGCGGAAAAGUGAUCGGUUCGACGGUCAGUAACGGAUCACCGCCAGAAGUGCGAAGACGUGUCCGGAUGCUACAUCGUCAUUAG